GGUGUUCCGUUCAGUGCAAGAGGUGUGUCGCGUUUUUAUUUGUGAUAAAAUACGUAAAACAAUGAAGCGAUAUUUGUUGGAUUUAAGUGAACUGUUUACAGACCAUAGAAAAAAAGCUUACAUCGGUUAUCAUGCUGCGUGGACCACGGUGGGAUGCGUGAUACGCACCAUACGAAACACAUUCAACAUACAGUCGGACAUCUACAUCUGCAGCGAGGAUGGAAUAUUCUAUCCUGCCUGUGAAAGUGUAGAGCUAAUAUGCGAAGAAAAGUCUAUCAAGGUACUGCCAACGCAAAACGUACAGAAGGAAAAGAUAGUAUCAGACGACGAACCUCCUAACCGACGCGUGGCAAAUACUAAGCAAGAAAGUAACGUCUACGAAGACAUAGAAUCAAUGCUCUUGAGUCUUCCCACGCCUAAGCGUCAUCGUGUGCGAAAGCGUAAAGUUAAUCAAGUUGCAAGCAAAGAGUCCCUACCGCGAAUGGAAAAAAGAGUACAACAAACUCCUACAGUUACCAGGCAGAACGGCCACAUUCGAUUUCCUCUUGAAGAGCCACAUUUGAGUGACAGUAGUAAAUUAACGCCCGAACCAGAACGUCCGUACAGGAAUCUGAACCGUGAAAUAAAGGCAAGAGUUGUACGGGCUGUAUCCCCAUCGGCACUUAUCAAACAGUCAUCUGAACCACCAACAAUUGGUGGUGGAACUGACACGAGUGAACCGAUCAAAUGCAUCACAAAACCCAAUAUAAAACCAAGAAUUGUUCGAGCGAUACCCUGUACCGUUGAAAUAAAACAGGAACUACUUAACGCUGGCGCUAUGGAAACAAAUGUUGCGUUUGGGCAGGAAACGUUGCUCCAAUCGUAUCAACCGCAAACAGUAGAAGAAGACUCGAAUGUAAUCGCAAUCGACUAUCCAACACCUGUUAACGGUGAAGAGGCCACUCAUGACACCGCUGUACCGGCAGUAUGAAGGUAGUGGUUCAAGUGUUAUGUGUUUAACAUUACCAUCUGUUGCUGCAGCAUAUUCACUGAGGAAUAAGAAUGCAUUUCAAAUGUUUCCUACCUUCUGUUGGCUAAUUGGAGAAUAAAUAUCAGAAAACAGGUACUUGAACAUUAAAUAUUGGACACAGAAUCCAAACGUUAUGUAGGGUUUUGGUGUAAAAAAAAUGAAUAGAUUCGUGCAUAUUAUUUCCAUUGGCCAAAGAAUUUAUUGAAGCACGAUGCUAUACUAUUCUUGUGUUGUAAUAGAAGUUAUUAUUACAAAACAAAAAAUUGAUUUUAAAACUCGAGCAGUCGUCAGCUAGGAAGACAAUUUUCUGUAUAUUCCCCUCCAUUAAAGAAUACUAUACAACAAUACCAU